CGUUUCUAUAACGGAGGCCAACGGAAUGAAACGGGGCGCGACCUACCUUGAAUUUGUCCAAAAUAUAAUCUCGGGUUUGUUGCAAAAUGCAACUGUUUGCAACCGUUUGGACUAAUUAUUACCCCGGACUGGAAAAUGGGAUGCGCCUCAACAAGCAAGUGUUCACAAUACGUCAAAUCUCAGAUGCAAACCUGGGCAAGCUACGAUUUAUAACACGGUACAAAAUGAGGUUGCAUUGACCCUGAUAGUACUAGCCCAGUAGCCUAGCAUCGAGGUGGAGGCUGGGUCACAGUGGUCAGUAACCCAGCUAGGAGGCUCGGCUCCAGGCUAGCCAGCCUGCCAGCGGAGGGAGGGGGCCUUGCCACGGAACGGCCUGGUGAGCUGCGGAGACUAGCAGCGGCGGGGGGGUGUGAUGAGCGGGAAGAGCCUGCUGUUAAAGGUGAUCCUGCUGGGGGACGGUGGCGUGGGGAAGUCUUCCUUAAUGAACCGCUACGUCACGGACCGCUUCGACGCCCAGUCCUUCCACACCAUCGGGGUGGAGUUCCUCAACAGAGACCUGGAGGUGGACGGGCGCCUGGUGACCCUUCAGAUCUGGGACACGGCGGGUCAGGAGCGCUUCAAGUCCCUGAGGACACCUUUCUACCGUGGCGCCGACUGCUGCCUCCUCACCUUCGCUGUAGACGACCUGCACAGCUUCCAGAACCUGGCCAGCUGGAAGAAAGAGUUCAUGUGUUACUCUGACGUACGAGACCCAGAGAGGUUCCCCUUCGUUGUCCUGGGCAACAAGGUGGACAAGGAGGAGGGGAAGGAGGUGGGGGAGGACGAGGCUCGGGCCUGGUGCGAGGAGAACGGCUGUUGUCCCUACUUCGAGACCAGUGCUAAGGACGAUACUAACGUGGGAGUGGCGUUCGAGGCGGCGGUACGGGAGGUUCUGGCGGCGGAGGAUCAGAUCGACCACACGCUGUUGAGUAGCACUAUCGAUCUCCACGGCAACCGUAAAGUACCAUGCUCUUCUUGCUGCUGAUUGGUUGAAAGGACUGGUUUCUCUCUCCGUCCAGCCUGUAGCAUCCUGAGGGCUAGAGAGCUGUUCUGCUCUCCACUGGUCUCUAUGGUUACUUACCUGAUGCAGGUACAAGCUGCUGAGACUGAUGAUCGGGUAUCAAUACAGCUGAUAAGAAGAGAAUCAGGCUAUCAAUGCAGCUGAUUUUAAAGAGUGUUGGGUUGUCGGUAACAACACAUCUGAUUUUGAAAGUUUAUCAAUGCGGUACAAUGUAACAGGUACACCAUGUUGUUCAACUCGGUCUGCUUUCAGCAGCACAAGACUGCUCUCUACAUCCAGCCAGCUAGCUUCAUGUACCUGCCCUGUGUAAUGUUUUCAGCAUAUAGGCCUAGCCCUCUUACAGAACAGUCAUUUUAAUCUGAUUAUAUUCAUGUGUCCUUUCUUCUCUCCAAGAGCACAGGCUGCUUGUGGCACAGCAACAUUCUCACUCAUUUCUUUAUCUGUCUGCUAAGUCUUCUAAGGUCUACAUUUACAUUUUAGUCAUUUAGCAGACAACUUACAGUAGUGAAUGCAUACAUUUCAUAUAUAUAUAUAUUUUUCCCGUACUGGACCCCCGUGGGAAUCGAACCCACAACCCUGGCGUUGCAAACACCAUGCUCUACCAACUGAGCCACACGGGACCAUAGGUACUUUAACCAGAACACGGUUCUAUCACACUGUCAGGUCUCAUGACAGUGGUUGGCUGACUGACUGGUGCAAUAUCAUUUAAUACACUGACAUAGACAUGGUCUGUUGGCUGACCGGUGGAAUAUCAUUUAAUACACUGACAUAGACAUGGUCUGUUGGCUGACCGGUGGAAUAUCAUUUAAUACACUGACAUAGACAUGGUCUGUUGGCUGACCGGUGGAAUAUCAUUUAAUACACUGACAUAGACAUGGUCUGUUGGCUGACCGGUGGAAUAUCAUUUAAUACACUGACAUAGACAUGGUCUGUUGGCUGACCGGUGGAAUAUCAUUUAAUACACUGACAUAGACAUGGUCUGUUGGCUGACCGGUGGAAUAUCAUUUAAUACACUGACAUAGACAUGGUCUGUUGGCUGACCGGUGGAAUAUCAUUUAAUACACUGACAUAGACAUGGUCUGUUGGCUGACCGGUGGAAUAUCAUUUAAUACACUGACAUAGACAUGGUCUGUUGGCUGACCGGUGGAAUAUCAUUUAAUACACUGACAUAGACAUGGUCUGUUGGCUGACCGGUGGAAUAUCAUUUAAUACACUGACAUAGACAUGGUCUGUUGGCUGACCGGUGGAAUAUCAUUUAAUACACUGACAUGGACGUCUACAUGAAGCAGGACUUUAUCCAGUCACACAUCUUGUUUAAGAACUGACAACAUUGAUUGCACACAUUACUGUACCAGGACAAAUGUUUACUGCACAAAAAGGAAUUUGCUUUUAUUUGUUUGAUUUUCUCCAAAGGGAAAGAUGUUUUUGUUCUGUCGUGUCUGUUAACACUGGGUACAUAUCUAUUUGAGGUAGUUUGUAUCUAUACCAGAUGUUACAGUAUUUUCUCGUCUUUUAGGCUUUCUAUGUCUGUCUGAAUUAGAAGUGUUAGGUCUACGUGUGAGAGUUGCAGAGACGCCUGUUUUAAUUUCAUCCCUUAUCUACUACGGUACGUACAGUUGGAAGUCAGAAGUUUACAUACACUUAGGUUGGAGUCAUUAAAACUUGUUUUUCAACCACUCCACAAAUUUCUUGUUAACAAA